AUGGCACACUGGCCUCCUCUGGCAUCGGUCCCACCGCCCGAGGUGCAGAAGACCAUUCCCUCUGCGGAAUGGGACCUCUAUAUCGAUGCAUGGACCCUGCUCCUGGAGCUUCGAAUAGCUGCCUCCGAGGCUGAAUUCAGGGACGUGGCUCCCCAAGACGAGUCGGCCGUCUCGUUCCUGGUAUCCUUCUAUCACCAAUGGUCCAUCCCGGGAGCAUCUGGCUUCCAUGUUGGACCGCGCGCGAGAACCUUGCGCAAGCUCUGUUUCUUGCUAACAAGAAGGUUUCUUCUGGACGUCUCAACUUCUCCGGUGGAGCUGCUCGCAUGGAAGUACCUGGGUGGGCUGUGCUGCUGUUACCCCUCCAGCGCAUCCCUCAAGCGGCUGUUAUCAGAUGUGUGGGGUAAGCAUCAGGAUACGAUAUCCGCCAGCGUCGACGAUGCCAAGGCUGCAGUCAUUAAACAGCUCUCGGUCUCCGACCCGAGGAGUGUCGUCGCAACUACAGCAGAUGUCCGGCUAUUGACCGUCUUGGGGUCAGUGUUGCCUGACUGCGGGCAAGUUCUGAUGGCUGGGUCGGAUUUCCUGGACACCUUUUCAGAUGCAUAUACGACGCACGGGAGUAGCGACCUCCGCAGGGUUUUGGUCGCCAAUGUCUAUGUCGGCCUGACCUCGCUCCUGAAAGGCUCCAAGCCGAACCUCUCCCUACUCUUGGACCAGCUCUUCAGCCUGAAAGCCAGUGCCGGGGUUGGCACCCCUCAAAUGAAGGAGCCCACACUCCUGUCCGACCUGAUCUGCAGCUCCGACCUGCUCGUCCGUCUAGAGAAAUAUCUCGUAGCGCACCCGCAAAAGCGCGGCCAGGAUCUAGUAACCAGUCUACAAACCUACCAAGCCCAGUCGCGGCCCUUCCACCACCGGUACCAAAAGCAAAAGAAGCGCGUCGACAAAGGCAAAAGCCGCGCCAGCGCCAACGACCUGCCUAGCGCCAACGAGCUACACAUCCACAAGAUGUCCCUCGUGACGCAAGUGCAGGACCUCUUCCCCGACCUCGGCUCCGGCUACAUCGUCCGCCUACUCGACAUCUACGACGACAACCCAGAAACAGUCGUCGCCCACCUCCUCGACGACUCCAUCCCCGCCUCCCUCCAACAAUCUCUCGACAAAUCCGAACAACUCCCCACAACAGCCUCCCCCGCCCACCACGACCCCUUCCUCCCUCGCCCAACACCCCCCACAUCUCCGGGCCUCGUCCCAUCCCGCAAAAACGUCUUCGACAGCGACAUCGACCUCGCCGACCUCGCCCGACCCAACGACCCCACGUCCACCACCCCCACCGCAGCAAAAGGCAAGCUCCGCUUCGGCCGCACCGACACAGACCUCACCACACACGAAGACACCGACCCCGCACAACACACAGCCAACAAAGCAGCGAUCCUCUCCGCGCUCGCAACCUUCGACUCAGACGACGACGAGCGCGACGACACCUACGACGUCGCAGACGUAGGCGGCACCGUCGAAUCCUCCACAGCAGCCGAAGACUCCAGCGCGCGAGACCGCGACGACCUCGAUAUGGCGCUCUUCCGCGCUUUCAAAACAAACGCAGGCAUCUUCGGCCGCGACGCCGCCACGAGACGCUCGCAGCCGCGCGCGGCGCUCAAGCGUGAAACGGCCAUGACGGACGAGGCUAUCGAGGGGUGGGCGGUAAUGUUGGCUCGUGAUCCUAGACGGAUGGCGAGACUUGAAGAUAAACUCGCUCUCUCCGGUGGUGCUGCUGGUGGCGGCGGUGGUGACGACCUGGAGGUGGCGAGUCGGGUAGCGACGUGGAUGAGCCGUCUGGCUCGUUUAGGGGGAGAGGUGGUGGACGAGGACGCAGCCGUGGCGGCCGGAGGGGAGGAGGUGGCGGUGGUGGUGGUCGCGGACGAGGAGGAGCAGCAGCAGGAGGGGGAGGUGAACAGACAGAGGGCGAAGAAGGUGGCGAGAGCGGGGGGACUGGUUGGGUAG